AUGUGUUUGACACAAGCAGCCGAGGGGAUUGGUUCAGUUCACAUGCCAACAGGGAGGAACAGCAACACAGUGAACUAUAGUAAAAAAAUAAAAAUAAAAAACAGUCAAUCGUCAUUGUUUAUGUGCAAAUAUGACACUAACAGACUGGUGUUGUGGGAUCCUGGCUGCUGGCAUGGGGUACCACUUCUUUCAUGGACUCGCCAAAGCCACAUCUGUACUCUUCCUCCUCCUCUUUCUCCAUCACUCCAAGUCUGAUUCAGCACUUCAACACCUACACACAACCAAGAAUAGAUGCAGGAUUCCAUGCUGGGACUUGGAGAGAAGAGAAAACAGCCCUGAUCAUCACCCUGAUCCAGCUCAUCCUAUCAAGUUUUUAGGAACUGAAAGUCCUGAAACUUCUGUCAUCUCUCUUCAAAGCAUGGAUUUCAGGAGAGUGUUGGGUUGAGUGGACUGUGAUGUUCACAGGGUUUAUGUCAUGGAUGUGUGGCAACAUGAUUUCCACACACCAACAAAGCAGUGGAAUGGAGAGCUGACAUCACAGGUGACCUUUAACUUCUCUCGUAUGUGGGUUACCCUUUAAUUUUGCCUCCAAAUGUGAGAUCACUCUAUAGUGCCCCCCCCCCCCCCCUCCUCUCUCUCAUUUGGAUUUAGUUUCAGGAUGGCGACCAACUGACCGCAGUCAGUCAUCGCGAGCUGCGCACUGAAGGCUGUGAGGCUGCGCCACGCGCGCGCAGCUGCAGUCAGACUCCUAAUGGAAAGCACGGAGGAAAAUUCCGCGCACUCCGGAUCCUGAAGCAGCAGCUGGCGGGAUGAGCUGAGACAUUAGAAGCGUGCCAAGUGCAACUGACCUCUGCUGGAAUUAUCCUUUAUUUUGGGGGGAGUGGGUUGAUAUAGCUCGGUGGCGAUGGAUCAAUGAGGAAUGCGACUACGGGGUUGAUGAAGUCCUCGGCGCUGUCAUGCGUCUUGCCCCGCAGCCAAGCGCUCAAACCUUGCGGCUCCUAGUUGUUUUGCUCCUGACCUUUGGGGUCACCGCAUCCCCGGUCAUCUCCACCGGCUGCCCGGACAGGUGCGUGUGCGAUGACCAGCUGGUGGUUCAGUGCGCUGGGCAGCACCUGACCACCUUCCCGGUCAACUUGCCGCUGGCCACGCGGCAGCUCAUCAUCUCCAACAAUCGCAUCGUGGAGCUGCCGCCCCUCGCGCUCAACUACCUCUCGGACCUGGUGUAUCUGGACUGCAGCAACAACUCCCUGACGGAGAUCUCCGAAUCCACGUUUGGGAAUCUGCGCAAAUUGGCCUACCUGGACCUCUCGUUCAACACCUUGACCCGGAUCGAGGACAGGACGUUCGGGCCCCUGGCCAGCCUGGUUAUGCUGAGGAUGACCGACAAUCCCGGACUCUCAGAGAUCCAUCCGGACGCUUUUACGGAAAACGAGAACCUCCAGGUGCUGGAUGUGAGCCGGAACAACCUGACGGCGCUCAACAUCACAUCCCUGCUGGCGCUGCCAGCCCUGCGCUCGAUGGGACUCAGCGGGAACCCGUGGAGCUGCGAGUGCGAGAACGAGGACCUCUGCCUGUGGGUCCACCUGGAGACCUUCAAGUUCCAAGGUCCAGUCUGGCUUUUACUCCCCAUCAAUAUGAAGGCCAGACAGUGUGCGGCUCACCUGCUGAAAUGCAAGGACUCCGUCUGGGUGAGGUGGGCAUCCAACUACGGACGUUUUGUCACCAAACCCUGGGCUCCUGGGACUACCUCUUCUUUGUUGCCAUCGGCUUUGUCAUCUUUGCUGCUGGCACAGUGUCAGCCUGGUUGAUGGGUGUUGUCAUGGUCCUUUACGAGCGCUACAUCAAGAGAAAAGACGAGCAGCUGGAGAAUGAGGACGAGAGCAGUGAGGCGGCACAUGUACCAAUGGCGAGAACAGAGCGUGAGAACAGGAGUUUGAAGACCUCACUUAUUGUUUGAGAGAAUCAGUCCCACCUCUGCCCACCGUAGAACCCCUCAGUGCCUCAGGCUCAAUGACUGCUUGACUGCUGACUCUAACAGCACCGGCUCUUAAGCGGAGAGGUGGCUCCAAUGGAUAAAAGGAAUGUCUUUGUAUUGAUUUUCACUGAAAACUUUUUGUAUUGCCUGAAAGGGCGUCACACACCCAUAGACACAUAUAUGCAAAUGUGUUGAUAUGUUGCAUCCUGUGCUGUGUUUGAGUAUAAAAGCAUGUUAGGAAUAAUAAACGUUCUUAAAUUCAGCAAGAUUAAUCCACUUAUGAUAGGAAUAAAUAUAACUUUUCAGGCCCCAUAAAUUAAAGAAGCAUCUUUUGUUACCUUCCGUCUGAAGGUCUGUUUUAAAAAACUGUUUUAUUUUUAGGUUUCAUGCUUCCUCCCAUGAGGCCCAGUGUGCUCACAAGUGUGGAGUAUAUCAUUUCACAUCAUUGACUUCCUGUUUGAAGCUUGUUUGAAAACGUUUGUAAAUGGAGCUAAGUCAUCAUCAGGUAACCACUAGGUGGCUUAGUAAAAAAGUUUCUGGUUACAAAAAUGUUUCUUUUUUUAAUUACUGUAAUAAGGUUUACUCUAAUGCAAUUAAGGUUCACUUUUACAAACUUUUUUGUACAUUUUUUUUAUAUUUGAAAUUAAAUAUCAGCUUUUUGAGCUUUAAAUUACACAUUGCCAUUACCUUUAUCAUUGCUUUUAAACUGCUUUAACAGAUAUUGAACAACUGUCAGGCUAGUUUGUCCUAAACAUAUGUCUAUUUAUGGAAAGGUGAUAGUUUGAUGAUGAAAGCCAAGAUGGUGACGACAGAGGAGCUGUAAAAGCUACAAACCAGGGAGAGAGCUACAUUUAAAAAAAUAAUUAAAUUAGAAUGCUAAUUUGUGGGCACAAACUAGCAUUUUGUCAGUGUUUUGUGCACAGAAAAUGGUAUUUUGUGCACACAAAUUGGUCUUGUCUUAGAAUCUUGUGGCCGCAGUUCAGUAUGUUGUGAGCAAAACUUGGCUCUUUUUUUAGCAACAUUUAAUGUGGACAACUUGUGUGUUUUGCGGGCACAAUUUAGUAUUUUGUGCACACAAAUUAGCAUUUUAUUAGUAUCUUGUCAGCACACAUUAGUAUACCAAUGUCCGGAUGGACGUAAUGAAAAGUUGGAAACGCCCAUUUCCAAAUGUGAAACCUAAAUGUAGCUUAAAUAAAUGGUUGCUAUCGACUGCAACCACACCAAACAUAGCAAAAAAUGGAUGACCUGUGGAAGCAUUUUGUAAGGACAAGCUAGUGUUUUGUGCACAACACUUAGAAUUUUAUUAGCAUUUUAUGUGUUCAAUUUAGUAGCCUAUUUUGUGUGCAUAAAUUAGCAUUUUAUUAGCGUUUUGUGGGCACAAUAGUAUUUGUGUUCACAAAUUGUUGUAGCCACAAUUUAGCAUUCAAUGAAUACAAUUUAAUUUUUUGGGAGCACAAAUGAUCAUUUUCCAAGAAGUUUGUGGGCACAUUACUGUUGUGUGGCACAAUGUAUUAUUUUUUUUUGUACAAAUUAGUAUUUUUUAAGCAUUUUGUGGGCGCAAGUUAGUAUGUUAUGUGCAGAAAUUAGCAUUUUGUUAGUAUUUCUUCGGCAAAGUUUGCAUUUGCACUUGUGAUCAAAUUAGUAUUUAUUUGCACAAAUAAGAAUUUUACGUCCACUGAUUAGUAUUUUGUGCAGAAAAAUUAAUGUUUUAUGCGCCCAAGUUAGCCUUUUACAUUCACAAAAUCCUUAUAAAAGGCUAAUUUGUGUGCACAAAAUACUGGAUUGUGGCUGCAAAAUGCUGAUUUCUGCGCACGAAUGAGGAUUUUGUGCGUACAAAUUUUUUAAUUUGAAGGAACAAUUCUUUAUUUUUUAUGUCUAGGGUCUGUAGAGAGCUGACACAAAGUCUCUCCCCUUACGUAAUGACAUUGGACCACGCACGCACAAAACACAUUUUUAAAGUGAGUUUAGGUCAAUAACUUUUUUUGAGGAAAAAAAAACAUUUAAAAUGUUUUAGUACAAAAAAACUUUCUGAUUUUUUGUGUGUUUGCUUCUGGAUUUGGAAUCUUACUGACCUUUGAUAUGCACAGAACAAGAAUGAAAAGAUUAAAUGUACUAAAUAUUUUCCUACGUGAAACAUACAACAACCGUAAACAUACAAAUGUUUAACCCCUGGCAUGCAAGAGUGUGUAGACAAAAAGUGGUGUAGAAAGUAAAACUGUCUCACAAAAGUUAUGGUAUUUCAUGAGUAAAAAACAGUUGAUGCCACAGAAACCACAAGGUUUGUUUUUCAAAGUUUUAUUUUUCAAUUCCUGCAUGCAGAAACACAAAUCAGUUCAGUAAACUCAAAGGUUAGUUACAAAUCACAAAAAAACGAGUUUAUUUAUAAUUGAACUAAUUUUGGAGGUUUGCCAGGAGUGUUUAUGAGGAUUUGAUUUGGUAGUGAGCAUUUCAUGAUAAUGGUCCAUAAUCUGUCAAUGAAUUUUUGAUGUGUUGUGAAAAUUUUUUCAUUCUUUGCUUUUUUGAGGGUUAACUGAUUGCAUUUAUAUGUAGUAAACAAUCUGAGUUUCAUAACGUUUUCAUUUGUUUGCAGGAAAAUUCAGCAAACUGGUGUUUUGGUUCUUUUUAAAUCCAAAAUCAUCAUAAAUGUCAUCAUGUUUACAUGUGGACAUGAUCACAAUGCCAAAUAAACAUAAGCACAA